GCCUGCUUGAAUCUGCUCUGCCCCCUCCCCACCAGUCCGCCACCAUCAUGGCUGGGGCCAUCCAGGCCCCUUUCCUCCUGCUCCUGCUACUAGUGCUUUCCACAGGUCACAAGGAAGGUGUCGUCUUAGGAACUUCAUCCACUACAGCCAAUCCUAGCACCCCAACGCCAACCACCAGCUCUGCAUCAGUCCAUACUGGCACCCCAACACCAACCACCAGCUCUGCAUCAGUCCAUACUGGCAACUCAACUCCAACGACCAGUGCUACAUCAGACUCUGCCACCACCACUGUCCACACCAGCACCUCAACUCCAACUACCAGCUCUGCAUCAGUCCAUGGUGGCACCCCAAUUCCAACCACCAGCGCUACAUCAGUCCAUAAUGGCACCCCAACUCCAACCACCAGUGCUGCAUCAGUCCAUACUGACUGCUUCUGGGACCUGAUGCCAGCAGUCGGAAUGCUACGCACCCUGGCGGCUGUUGCUGGUUGUGGCCUGAGCUUGGUGCAGGUGUGGCGGAAGCUGGUAGAGUAA